AUGACUUCAGUUGAUGAAUCGAACUCAAGUCGUACACAUUCAAUGCUGCCUUCUCGGGAAAGUUCCACUCUCUCUACUCCAUCUACUGAGCUUCCUCAUGCAGCUGGAGAGAAGGGAGAGAUCAAGCCAACAACCAUCGAUAGAGGCAGAUGUAGAACACCAUCAUGCUCACCACCUGAUUUACCUCAAAUGCCAACGAUGGUAAGAAGGGUUUCUCAACUGUCUAACGUUUCUGAUUCUUCCAUAAACCUAAGUCUGGGUCAAACCAAUUCGAAUUCCAAUACUUCGUCUGGACCUGUCGGACAACAAGUCAUUGAUCCUUCAUUGAGGGAUCCAAGCCCUCCACCUGUUCCCGAAAUAGGUCUACCUUCUAUACAGUUAAAUGACUCCACGAUUCAUUCAAAUGAUCAUUUGCCAUCCUUACCAUUACCGCCACAGUCAUUUCCUUUGCCAUCAUGGCCGUCCCUACCUUCACUCAAUCUAUCGAUGGGAAUGGGACUAGGUAUGGGAGUGGGAGUGGCAAUGGCUGAAGGAGGAACAGAAACUCAACCUUCGACUCAACCGAAUUCUCCGACUUCUCCUACGAAUGUCUUAUGGCCGUCUUCGUUUGAAGGAAGUAUGACUGAUCUAGGUUCAUUCGGCGAUACACCAGAUCAAGGUAUGAGUGGGAAUAACUCAGAAAACGAUAAUGAAAUGGGAGGUGAGGAUCCUUUCCACUUGGUUGACAUUCAAUGCUCCACUGGGUUAGAUGGCGGUGCUGCUGCUGUUCCUGCUCCCAAGAAAAAGAGUCACGCUAGAAAGCAACCCGAAGGGCACAUCAAGAGAGCUCGAAACGCUUUCAUACUUUUCAGAAAACAUAUCACCGAUUCUAAUUUGAUUCCUCCAAGUGUAGAAGUGAAACAUCAGAACAUCUCAGUAGUAGCCGCGAAGAUGUGGAAAGAAGCACCUCAAGAAGUUCGUGCUAGAUUCCAAGAACAAGCUAGGAUAGAAAAAGAAGAUCACUCACGCAAAUUUCCGGGAUACAGAUAUCAACCUGUUUCUAGAAGAACCGAUAUCAUUCGACGACGAGUCAGGAAAGAUCCUGCUGAAGAUGAAAAAGUUGACGCUGUCGCAGAAGCGUUAAUUAAAGGUAAAUCAGGUGGUAAAUUAGAAGAAGAGAUCAAAGAUCAGAUUAUAGCAAAAGGUAACGAAAGUGAUUCUACAAGUAAUUAUAUGAGUGAGAGUAGUAGCAUCGGUACAAGUGCUAGUGCUAAAUCCAGAAGCCGCCGAAGGAGAGAUGUCGGUCAAUUAUCCAAAGGCGCAAUCAGAGCUCAGAAAGCCCAAGCUAGAGCAAAACAAAUGAGACAAAAUUUACUGGGAACAAACCUACUUAAUAUGUCAUUGUACAAUGCUGCCACCAAUAGAUUGGCUAAUAACGCUCAAUCACAACAUUUACCUCAUAAUGGAAACUUAAAUAUCGCUCACGGAUAUGGUGGCGGUGGUGGCGGUGGUGGCGGUGGUAAUGGAGGCGGAUAUGGAUCACAUCCUGGAGCGUCACAUUACAUGUAUACGAUGGAUGGUUAUGUUCCAGUCAUACCUGGAGCCAAUGUAGGAGGAGGAUCUUCUAUGGGAUACGAUAUUGAUGGUAGAUCAAUUCAUUUAUCUCAAUAUCAACAUCAACAUCAUCAAUCCUAUCCUACUCGUCAAGAAAUAUACAAUGGUAAUGAUCAAAAUGGCUACGUCACUCAAGGUGGGAUGGAAUAUAAUCAUCUUCAUCCUCAUGAUAGUGAAUUAGACAAUGAGAUGAUGUAUAGAUUACCUCCUAUAGAAGGUACGAUGAUGGACAUAGGAGGAGGUAAUGGAGAUAUAAACGCAUAUGAAAGUUGGUCAAACCAAAAUCAGAAUCAAGAUCAGCAGCAACGACCACAACAAGGUGCUCAUCGCCAAAUGAAUCCUGCGAACGCAGAUGAAUAUUGGGAUCAACAAAAUAUCAUUGCUGGACAUGGAGAUGAGAUGUACAAAAGCAAUUCAAAUGAACGUUCGUUCUAUGACACAUAUGAAAAUGAUCCUCAUUCAGACCUUGAGCUUGGACUAAGUCUAGGCCUCGGAAUUGAACAAGGUCAAGGUCAUGAACACGAUCUAGGAAUUCCUGUACAAACUGAAAAUAACGGAUUGGGUAUGGGUUAUAAAUUACCUUCACUGAUGACACUCGAUCAUAACCAGAAUCAGGGAAUAACCGGAGCAUCAGGAUCAGGAUCUGGAUCUGGAUCUGGAGUCGAAUCUGAAAGACCAGGAAAUCUAAUAGCCAAUGAGUAUACUAGAGAAUCAAGAGGUUCUACUUCUGGGCAUGGAAUCGGUGUUGCUGCUGGCUCAAGCUUCCUCAAAAACAAAGCUCAUGGAAAGGAGAAGGAAAGAGUAAAUUCAACUUGGUCAAAAUCAUCCUCUGAUAAUGAAGCUCAGGAACAACAGCAACAGCAACAGCAACAGCAACAGCAACAGCAACAGCAACAGCAACAGCAACAGCAACAGCAACAGCAACAGCAACAGCAACAGCAACAGCAACAGCAACAGCAACAGCAACAGCAACAGCAACAACAACAACAAACUCCCUCAGGACAUGUGUUGUUUAACGAAAAGCUGUUUGAUGGUGCACUAGGUACUGCAGGUUUGUCUUCGUCAGAUGGACCUCAAGAUCUAGAUGUGAACGGAAAACGGGACGAAGAUGAAGAGGCUUUGAGUAUGUUUAAUAAGGCUGUUGAACAGGUUGGAGAGAUCAGAAAUUGGUAA